UCCGUGGGUGUUUCGAAUCAGUUGGACUUGAGGCGUCAUCGGAGAAAGACUGACAGUAGAAAGAAGUGAACCCUCGAGUUCCCUCAGCAUUAAAAUCCCCACUCGAGUAAUCGAUCGCCGUAAAAAUGCGGGGAAUCGCAAUUGCUCUGCUGAUCAUCGCCUAUUCAUGUGUCACUGCAACCGGAAAAGGUGAAAAAAAAGUGGAAGAGAAUUUGCUGAAAGGGCCAAAAGACCUCUCGCAGCUGAUGGACCUGAAAUUGAUUCUGGAGAGGGCGAAUCCUGGCAACAAUCCAACAGACUCCACUCAGGUCUCGGCUCAGCCACAAGGACCGUGCUCCUGUGCCGCUGGAGUCUGCACCUGCUGCUCCAGAAUUCUCCUGAACACUUGGAACCAGAAGGCGUGUGUCAAGAUCAGUUAUGAUCCUGAUGAAUUCAGCUUUACAGCGACUGUUUCGAUGAACGACCGUGUCCUUUACACACGUGCCAUUUCAGGCAAGAACCCGAGACCUGUUUGCGUUCCGGUUCCCAGAAUCCCCGCUAUCAGGGCCUGCGUGAGAUUCUACAAUAUCUACUUCCAAGGAAGGAACGUCCAUGUCUGUGUCAGCAUGGAGGGCAAGUUCAGCGAUACGACGCUUUUCAAGAUGGGUCUGGACUGCGUCCGAUUAGGAGCGAAUGGAGUAGCUCUAGUCAGACCUGAGGACGGUGGAGGUAUUGGUCAAGUGGAAUUUCUCCCAGGAGAUUCGGACGACGGUAACGGCUCAAACAGCGAAGAGUAUGACGAAUAUGACGAAGAGGAUGAUGAUGAUGACGAUGACUAUUGAAUGAUCAAAAAUUCAACGGAAGAAAAGUGGAUGAAAGAUAUUUUUCCCUCUGGAUUAUAAUUUCCAGAUGAAAAUAGUAAAAGAAAAAAAAUUGAACAACUCAGUUUGUUCACAAUUUUCAUGCAAUUUUUUUCUAAUUCUCAUCAAUGUUCUAGUUUAACAUCAACAAUUAUUUAUUAAUGCCAUGUAAAUAUCAUUAAAUAUAUUUAUUAAUUGAAAAAAAA